UCCAUAGCGUUGACUUCAAACGAUUCCAUUGAUACUUCUAUUUCGGACGUGCGUGUACAUUUGAAUGACUAUGGUAUAAAUAGUCCAUAAAUAAAAAUGGUUAUAUUGCGUGAAUUUAUUUUCAUUAUGAUUACAUAUAUUUACGAGAGUCAGUUUUGUGGUCAAAGUUUGGGAAAGAGAAGGAUUUUCCCGGAGCAUAUUCAUAAAAUGGAAUAUAUCUGAUUUUGUCAAACAACAAAACGAUAUGAAGCAUCGAUCUUUAGUUUCAAUUUGUGUCGGUUUUAUCUUCCUGUGGAAUUCAGUAGCGUUUGCCGAUGGAGAAAUGGAAGCCGAGUUGAGCAGUCAAAAAACACAAGCAAGCCGAGCUGCUAGAUCCAUAUCGAUUGGUAAGUCAACAUCCACCAGCAGAGUGUCUGUGAGUGCGGUAUCUAGUGAAGGAACAAGUGCCGAGUCAAGCGACGAGACACUAGCCACAAGCAGAGAAACUGAAUCGAGCGAAGAAUCUGGCGUUUCUUCAAACAAAGGGUCACCCGAAUAUGGGUCCAAGUCGAGCUCUAAAAGUACCGAUCUAAGAAAAGAAACAAGCUUUAAAUCAAGCAAGGAGUUAUCAGCCUCGAUCAAAGAAUCGGGAUCCGAUUCGAGCUCUAAAAGUACUGAAGCAAGCAAAGAAACGAGCUCUAAAUCAAGCAAGGAGUCAUCUUUCACUAGCAAAGAAGCUGGAUCCAAGUCGGACUCGAAAAUUACCAAAGCAAGCAAAGAAACAAGCGCCAAAUCAAGCAAGGAGUCAUCAGACUUUAGCAAAGAAUCGGGACCCAAGUCGAGCUCUAAAAGUACCGAAUCAAGCAAAGAAACAAGCUCUAAAUCAAUCAAGGAAUCACCCGUAACUAGCGAAGAAUCGGGACCAAAGUCGAGCUCUAAAAGUACCGAAUCAAGCAAAGAAACAAGCUCUAAAUCAAUCAAGGAAUCACCCGUAACUAGCGAAGAAUCGGGACCAAAGUCGAGCUCUAAAAGUACUGAAGCAAGCAAAGAAACGAGCUCUAAAUCAAGCAAGGAGUCAUCUUUCACUAGCAAAGAAGCUGGAUCCAAGUCGGACUCGAAAAUUACCAAAGCAAGCAAAGAAACAAGCGCCAAAUCAAGCAAGGAGUCAUCAGACUUUAGCAAAGAAUCAGGACCCAAGUCGAGCUCUAAAAGUACCGAGGCAAGCAAAGAAACGAGCUCUAAAUCAAACAAGGAGUCAUCUGUCACUAGCAAAGAAGCUGGAUCCAAGUCGAGCUCUAAAAUGACAAAAGCAAGCAAAGAAACAAGCUCUAAAUUAAGCAAGGAAUCAUCUGUCACAAGCAAAGAAGCUGGAUCAAAGUCGAGCUCUAAAAGUACCGAAGUAAGCAAAGAAACAAGCUCUAAAUCAAGCAAGGAAUCACCUGUCACUAGCAAAGAAUUGGGAUCCAAGUCGAGCUCUUCAAGUACCGAAGUAAGCAAAGAAACAAGCGCCAAAUCAAGCAAGGAGUCAUCCGUUACUAGCAAAGAAACUGGAUCCAAGUCGAGCUCUAAAAGUUCCGAAGUAAGCAAAGAAACAAGCUCUAAAUUAAGCAAGGAAUCAUCCGGUACGAGCAAAGAAAUUGGAUCCAAGUCGAGCUCUAAAAUGACCAAAGCAAGCAAAGAAACAAGCGCCAAAUCAAGCAAGGAGUCAUCAGACUUUAGCAAAGAAACGGGAUCCGAGUCGAGCUCUAACAGUACCGAAGUAAGCAAAGAAACAAGCUCUAAGCCUGAGAAAGAGUCAUUAGUCGCUAGUUUACAAAUUCAAUCUAAGGCAAACUCCAAAAAGUCUAAAUCCAGUAUAGAUACCAGUGGAGAAUUCAAGAGUGUAGGUACGAAUGCUAGUGAUGAAUUGGAUUCAAACGAAGGUGCAGAGAAAACAAGUGAUCAGCAAUCAAGUACUGUAUCGCUCGAGGAUUUCUCUUCAUUGAAAGAUGGCGCCUUACUACAUGAUAACUCACAGGUUCCCAACAUAGAAUGCAGUGCGAACAACGAACUUAUAGCAGAUCCCACUGAUAACUGCUUCUACCUUCAUUGCUAUUGGGUAACGAUCAAUUUGGAGUUGGACUAUGCGAGGAAACAAUGUGCACCUGGAACAGGCGUUCCUGAAUCUUAUGAUCGUGGGUUCUCGAACCCUUGCACGGAACAUCUUGGAAAUCUUGGAAAAAGCUGUGGUUUGAGCAGGGAUGUUCAUACUAUUAGCGCAACACGGGGGGAUCAUGGUAUGACAGGAGUAGAUCCGACAUCUCCCACUGAUGAAGAGAACUUCAAUGAUCGCAUGACUAUUAAUCCCAGGGCAGGAGAAUUACCAGAGUCUGGCAUUGAAUCAACCGAUCAACUUGAAACAAUUCGUCUCAGUACACUUGCUACUAUUGUCUCGAUUGUUUCUUCUACUGUAGAAUCUAACUCCAUUAACACUUCUAGUGAUUCUACAAUUGUUGAAUCUCCUAGUGAACCUUCUUCAACUGGAUCCAUUUCCACGCAAUCGGGUUUCCCUGAAUCUGCUUCAAUUGAAUUCCCAACCCCUGAAGCCGGUUCCUCCAAUUCAAAUUCAACUGAAUCUCCUUUCCACGAAUUAGCUACCACUGAAUCAGAGCCAACUGAAUCACAUUCUUCUGAAUUCCCAGCCGAUGAAGCUGAUUCACUCAAAUCUAAUUCAACCGAAUCUCCUUUCCACGAAUUUGCUUCCACUGAGUCAGAGCCAACUGAAUCACAUUCUUCUGAAUUCCCAGCCAAUGAAGCUGAUUCACUCAAACCUAAUUCAACCGAAUCUCCUUUCCACGAAUUUGCUUCCACUAAAUCAGACCCAACUGGAUCAUUUUCUUCUGAAUUCUCAACCACUGAAGCUGAAUCCGUCGAAUCAGGCUCUAUUGAAUCUAUUUUCGAUAAAUCAUACUCAGCUAAAUUGAAUUCAACAAAAUCCACUUCCUCUGAAUCACAUUUCACAGAAGCUGCUUUCACUGAAUCUGCUUCCACUGAAUCGGAGCCAACUGGGUCACACAAUACUGAAUUAUCAACUGCUGAAGAUGAAUCUGUCGAAUCUGACUCUGUUGAAUAUGUUUCCAAUGAAUCACAUCCCCCUGAAUCUACUUUCACUGAAUCUGUUUCCACUCAAUCAGAGCCAACUUGGUCACACUCUGACUCUGAAUCUACUGAAUCUGUUCUCAUUGGUUUAAACUUAACUAAAUCUGAACCCCGUGAAUCUGCUCCUACUAAUUUAGACUCAAUAAGAUCUGAAUCCGCCGAAUCUGCUUCUAUCGGUUUAGAGUCAACUGAAUAUAAUUCCACUGAUGCCCCUUUUACUGGUUUUGAGCUAACUGAAUCUGAUUCCACUAAUUCAGCUUCUAAUGGAUCAGCCCCAACUGAAUCUUCUUUUGGUGUAUCUAAUUUUACAAUUUCACCUCUAUCUGAUUCUUCUGAAUCUGCAUUAACUAAGUCAAGAUCUACUAUGUCAAAAACAACUGAAUCGAUAUCCACUAAUGCUGAGUCCGUCAAAAUGGAUACAACGGGACCUUCACAAACUGCAAAUAACUCGGACGUCACAGUAGGGAUUAAUACAUCUAGAGGUACUUCAAUAAACGCCGAUGGCAUCUCUGCCUCUAAUUGGCCUACUUCAAUUAAGGUUGCCAUAACAACUGACUCCUCGAAUACAGUUACCCCAGGAACUGCUUUUUCAAGAAAAACAACACUGACAACCGACCCCUCAAAUUUAAAUGCAGCUCCACUUCCAACAAAUUUGCAAAGUGAUGUCUCACCAACGAUCGACACCCAUGCGGCGACAACGCGUUCAGAUACUAGCACUGGAAACGAUACGGGUCUUGUAUUUGCUAAACAGAUAAAUGUGAACAUCCUACAAAGUGUAACCAAAACAGGCAUAAUAGAUGAAACCGCGCAAUCUGAAUCUUCAAACCCUAUCGGUGGCGCUGAUGAAGGACCUAACUUUUUACAAACUCCUAUAUUUUUGGCUGGUAUUCUUGGUGUUCUAGUUAUGCUCGGGAUCAUUACUACAGCAGUGGUACUGUUAAAAACGAGUUGUUGCAAACGCUCCUUAAUUGAAGGAAAACGACGGAAACGAAAAUUCGAUGAAAAGUACCCUGACGAUGGUGAAGACGAAGAGUGUGACAUUGGUCCCGAAGAUCCAUCAGUAUACAACAAUCGCAAAUACUCAACGAUUAAUUUAGUGUCUGGUCGUACAACAAAUGGGAUAGGAACGCGUUCCUUAAUGUCUGCUACGGAUGGGAUUCCAAAAUGUCAUAAUGAUUCAACAACUAGGAAUACUAACCGCAGAGCUUCGGUAUCCAUUUUGGCUCCCCGGUCUCCCAGACGUAUGUCUGCUACAAAUGAGAUCACGACAGAUCAAGCUGUUGCACCAACUUGGUAUACUAACCGCAGAGCUUCAGUGUCUUCAGCUUCAGGUCCCACUCCUCCUAGACGAAUAUCUGUGUCGGAGCUUAGUGAGGGGCAUUCCCCUCGCCGUGAUUCUCGCCGUGUCUCUGGACGUUACAGUCCUCGACAUAGCAUUGCUUCUGUAUCGUCCGUCACAUUAACUGAUAUUGAUGUUUAACAAUGGUCGGAAUUGUAAAGGUUAUUUCAAAAAGCAUUCUCGCAAAAGAGAGAUAUUAGAGGAGUCUGGUGCAUAAUCAACAAUAUUAUUAAAGUAUUUCUAUGAAAUGCUUAUUAAUGUAGCCUUUGUAAUCGGAUACCUAUUAUAUACUUAAAUAGCCUAUUGUAUGUAUUCGUCUUAGAUGACAAAUUAACCGAUGGCUUUGUAAUUAAUUGUACGUAUCAUUGUACGUAUCAUUGUACGCUUCGUGAUUAAAUUCAUAACGAACAAAUGUGUGGUGAAUUUUAUCGAUGCAUCCAUCAGUCCUUUCUUUAAUUAUCUUUAAUUAAUCACAAUAUUGUAUUUUAUAUUUUUAAUAAAC